UUGCGUUCGCGGCGAGAGGACGCUGCGAUUGCGUGGAAACUACAACUUAUUAUUGUUUGUUGAAUAACUAAUUUAUUGAUGUCAGCACCAUGUGAUGAGCUUUCGUAUCGUCACCAGUGAAACGUAUAUUUCAUUAUCUUAUAAACAGAUUGAUAUCUUUGGUAUCCAUAAGCUGUUGAUGACUUGAAAGUUGCAGCCAUGGUGCUGGAUUUUGAUGUGAAAACAUUUUGUCAGAAUCUGCGUGCCACAAAACCACCCUAUGAGUGUCCUAUUCGUAAUUGUGGGAAAGUUUACAAAAGCUUCUCAGGCAUUCAGUUUCACAUGUACAAUUUUGAUCAUGACAGUCCAGAUUCACCAGUUCAAACUGCACGCUCAGGAAGCAAGCCGAACAAAAAGAAAGGUGGAAAAUGGCACCACAGGCAAGCAAGACGGUCCCCAACACCACCAGAAUUUUUUCGAUCUCCUGGACGGGAAUCUCUUUCUUAUGCAGACUCCCAGCGUCUUGUUGAGAUCAGUUUGGAGGGUCGACUGCAUCGGAUUGAUAUUUAUGAACCAUUGGAGAUAAUUUCUCAGGAUGAAAUUGACAACCAGGACAACACUGAAAAAGAAGAAAAGGCUGAAAAGAGUCCUCAGAAAUCAACUAGAGGAGCUGAAAAUGGAAAAGCAAAUGGCAAAGCGAAUGGCAAGGUGCGAAAAGAAAAUAUAGCUACAACUAAUCAGCCUAUUAAGUUGCCAGAGGCUCAGGUGAAAGUUCUUGAUGACUACAUCAAGCCAAAUGGUAUCCCACCAAGACCAUCGUCCUAUUACCGUUACAUAGAGAAGUCUUUAGAUGAACUAGAUGAGGAAGUGGAAUAUGACAUGGAUGAAGAGGAUCAUGCAUGGCUUGAAAUUGUUAAUGAUAAAAGGUGCACUGAGGGUGUGACUUCUAUAUCCCAAGAAGUGUUUGAAACGUUAAUGGAUCGUUUUGAGAAAGAAGCCUUUUUCCAAAGUCAGACAUCUGGCAAAGAUCAAGGACCCUCUAUUGAUGAGGAUGCAGUCUGCUCUAUUUGCAUGGAUGGAGAGUGUCAAAACAGCAAUGUGAUUUUGUUCUGUGACAUGUGCAAUCUUGCUGUGCAUCAGGAGUGUUAUGGUGUUCCUUAUAUACCUGAAGGACAGUGGCUUUGUCGCAGAUGUCUUCAGUCUCCUUCAAGAGCUGUGGACUGCUGUCUCUGUCCUAACAAAGGAGGUGCAUUCAAGCAGACAGAUGAUGGUCGUUGGUCCCAUGUUGUGUGUGCUUUAUGGGUACCUGAAGUGGGUUUUGCAAACACAGUGUUUCUGGAACCUAUUGACAGCUUGGAACGCAUUCCACCAGCACGCAAAAAACUUACUUGUUACAUUUGUAAACAAAGAGGCUCAGGAGCAUGCAUACAGUGUCACAAAACAAACUGCUACACUGCCUUCCAUGUGACUUGUGCUCAGCAAGCAGGAUUGUUUAUGAAAAUAGAAGCUAUCAAAGAACCAGGUCCAAGUGGUGUGGCAGCUGGUGUGAGGAAAACUGCAUUCUGUGAUGUACACACACCUGCUAACAGUGACUGGACUCCUAUGCUUGCUGAUGAUGAUAGUCCCACAAAUAGCAUUUCAGCUAAGGAGGCCAAAGCAAAAUCCAGGAUAAAAAUGCGGAAAGCUAGGAAAAUACUUGCAGAAAAAAGGAAUGCUGUACCAGUAGUUUCAAUCCCCAUUAUACCACAACAAAGAUUAACUAAAAUUGCUGCAAUGGUGUCCAUACCUAAGCGUGAUCAAUUUUUGAAGCGUCUUUUGAGUUACUGGACAUUAAAGAGACAGUCUCGUUUUGGUGUUCCACUAUUACGCCGCCUGCAGUCCAAUCAUAUGACUCGUAACAGAGACCAUAUGAAAAAUGACAAGCAGAGUAAUGCCCUUCGAGAGCAGUUGAAAUACUGGCAACGGCUUCGACAGGAUCUAGAAAAAGCAAGGCUACUGGUAGAACUAAUAAGAAAAAGAGAGAAGCUUAAGCGAGAACAGUUGCGUUUGCAUCAGAUGGCACUAGAAUUACAACUGCAACCAUUUACUCUUCUGCUUCGUCAGACUUUAGAUCAAUUACAGGAAAAAGACACAGAGAGCAUUUUUGCAGAACCUGUUUCUCUUGAAGAGGUCCCUGAUUAUCUGGAUUACAUCAAAACUCCUAUGGACUUCUCCAGCAUGAGAGCAAAGGUGGAUGGUCAUGAAUAUCGUUCGUUAGAUGACUUUCAUGAUGACUUUGAACUCAUUGUCAACAACUGCAUCACUUACAACUCUAAAGACACCAUGUUUUACAAGGCUGCACUUAAACUGAAGGAACAGGGUGGUACAAUCAUCAGAGCAGCCAAAAAACUUGCAGAGAGAGUGGGUUUUGAUAUGGAAACUGGUUUGCACCUGCCUCAUCCUCCCCAAAAAGAUGAAGCAGAAAAUUUAGAGGACUUUGCUAGUUUCAUGCACGAUGUACGACAAAGUUUGCCUUUAGAGGAGCAGUUGCAGACUCUUCUUGACAAAAUGGAAAUGGCCAAUACACAGCUGACAGGGGGUCAAAGAGCCAAAUUUGCAAAGAACAUUCGGAAACAGAUAAUGCAGGUGCGGCGCAAACUGUCUAUGCAGAAGCGCAAAAUGGAAGCAGCAGAUUCAAAAUCUCCUGAUGCAGCUUCAACGGGUACAGAUUCAGAAGGCCAGGAUGAGUCUCCUCAGUCAGAGACAAACCAUGUUUCUACUGAAGCUUCUGCCACAACCUCUAAAGAAAAGAUGCCAUCACCAUUAAUGAAGACUCCUGUACGAGCAGGAGGACGAGGUGUUGGGCGGGGCAGAGGAAGAGGAAGAAUGGCAAGUCGAAGUGAAUCAGAGUCAGAACCUCCAAAAGUGAUAGCUCAUGAGAGGGGCAUUUCAGCAGACACCACCAAGCUAGGUGCUGCUGGACAACCUGAGGAAGUGAAAAAUGCAGGUGUCUCGCAUACGCCCUCUCCAGCAGGAGUCAAUCGUCGCACGGCAGUUCUCCUCAACAGCAAGAAAGCAGCACGCUCAGCUCCUGCCUCAUCCUCCCUGUCAACAGCGCAUGCUGAGGCGCCAUCUAGUCCUCAGCCUACCCCCAGGAAACCUGGCCGUCCCCCCAAAAACAAAGGCCAACACUCUCAACAUCCCCACGUUGAAAUUGUCGAGCCGAGAUCUCCUGAGUCUAUUCAGUCAUCAGGGCCUGCUAGCCCCCUGGGGCCUUUUUUAUCUGGCCGCAAGCGAUCAGCUAGUCUGGGCCAUUCAUCAGAGACAGAAACCAGGCCUUCUCCCCCAAAGAGAGCCCUUUCGCUGAACGACUCAGCACUGGGUGCAAUAGGCGACGGUCCAGAUGGCCCAGACUUGGCCAACAGAGACAGUUUCAAAACAUAUCGCAUCCGCAACAUCCGCUCUUCCUCAGAGUCGGACAGCACCUCGGAGUUGAGCUCAGGUGACGAGUCUGAGAGUUCCACAGGCAGCUCCAGCAAUCAGAGCCCAUCAGACGCUAACUCUGAGGCUACUGAUGUCACCACAAACGGGCAGCUUGAGCUCGAAGCUCAGGAGGAUGGCUUAGAUAUCGGCCCCUGCUCGUCCCCAGGUGUCGCCUCCCCUGCUUCGGCUUACGCCCCCUCACCUGACGAAAAUUCCCCAGCUCGUCAAAGGCGAAGCCCCAGUGUUGAUUAUGACGACUUGAUUACCUUAGAGCCCCUGGACCUGGUGUGGGCCAAGUGUCGGGGUUACCCUUGGUACCCAGCCCUGAUCAUCAACCCAAAAAUGCCAAAGACAGGGUACUUCCACAACGGCGUGCCAAUUCCAGUGCCACCCGAUCACGUGCUGGAGCUGCAGCGCAAGUAUGACGAGACCGUCUACCUCGUCCUGUUCUUCGACACCAAAAGGACCUGGCAGUGGCUCCCCAGGCAGAAACUGGAGCCGCUGGGCGUCAACUCGGAUCUGGACAAGAGCAAGUUGAUGGAGAACAAAAAGCCCAACGUGCGCAAGGCCGUGCAGAAGGCCUACGAGAAGGCCAUCAUCCACCGCUGCAAGGUCAACGGCGAGCCCAACCCGCUCUCUGGGGAUUCCAGCUCGGAAGGCUAGGAUUCAGCAGCACGCAUUGUGUCAAAAACAAAACAAAAGAAAUGGCAGGGGAGCGGGGUACAGUUGAGAAUGCGUGUGGUAGUGUGAUAGUUUGAAGGAAGGAGUGUGUGUGUGUGUGAGAGAGGUAGAGAGCAAAAGAGCUAUCUGCAGUAUUCAGACUCUAGAGGGCAUCACAGUGCGCAGUGACUGCAUUUUCACUAACGCGGAUUUCGCUGGCGACCGUUUCCCAGAGUUGGUGAGAUGGCGAAUGAAGCUGGAGCAAUGUGUACGAUCAUUUGGCCCAGUUGGCAGACGUGACAUUGUGGCCAACAACGACAGCGUAAUUGAAUGCUUUAUUUUUCCAGACAGAAGUAUCGGAUCUGCUCAGAGUAGCAGCAUGCGAAGCUUCCGCACAUAGAUUUGAAAUCAUCAUUCAUCUGGUUCCAUCAUUUUGUUAAUAUUCGUAUUCUCAGUAAUGAGAUUGCAUAGCCUGUUGCAAGGCGCACAUUUGUUGAUAAACAUGUUUGUUCAUUGCAUUAUAUAUGAUACAUAUUGUACAUAAUACAAAGGACAUCUCACCUGCUUAUCCACUUCCAUCCAUUCAAGCAGACAUAAAACAUUACAGAUGUCUGUCCCGUUUUUUAUCGGUGAAGAAUGAAAUUUUACAAUUUUUUUUAAAUAUGCCGACCCGUCGGAAGACCUCAAGCACAGCACUGCAACAGGGUGAAAGAAUGUGGCUAACCACCCAAGUGUACGAUGAUCGUCUCCUUUCAAAGAUAUUCUUGAUAUUGUGUAUUUAGGGUAACAGAUCUGCUGUCUGAUUGGAAAGUGUCAAGCCUGUUUUUCCCCAUGGGUUGCUUUAUUAAUGCUGUAACACUGCAUUGUGCUGUGGUGAAAGGAAAAAGUAGACAUUUUAGUGCGUGUGUUGUUGGUAUUAACCUUUUCGACUUAAGGGCACCAGUACCAACCUGUUUACAAAAUGUUUCUCAGGGGGCACUAUUUAUAUUUUAAACAUUUCUAAAUUGUAGCCAUCAUUGUAUCGUUUGUAACCGUGAAGUGUCUUCACGCCUUGUAGGAGUACAACAGCUUGAGUAGCUAGCUAGCUUGUAUAUUAACGGACCCCUAGCGUCUGUGUAUCUGCCUUGCAAUUUUCUCUUGCGUUUAUAAAGUUGACGUAUGAAAUGGCUUCAACGUGUUUAUCAGAAGUCCGCUGCCGGCAUCAGAUGUCAGUUCUCAAACGCCACAGAAACCGGAGAAUUUCGCACGUGACCAGAGAUUUUGAGCAGUGGGACAGUUCGGUUCUAGAAAUCCGCAAAGAAGAUAAGUGGUGUCGGGAGUUUAUCGCUACAGUGGCAGCUCAGCGUGCAUAACUUUUGAGUCCACUCGGUGGGAAACAAGCAUUCUGCAUCUGAUUAAGAGAUUGCAGCGCCUAGUGAUGUCGAUGCCACGGAUUCUGUUUUCAAGAGAACAGUUCACUAUAUGUGUGUGUGAGUAUGAUCAAUAAGUCAUUGGCGUGUGACGGUUGCACGGUGUUGACCUGGAGAUGACAAGCUCCAUCCUGCCUAUGGCCGUGCAGUCCUCGACUGCAAUUCUAGACGAACAAUAUACGCUUGCAAAAGUUUUUUUUUUUAAAAUCAGUAGCAACAAAAAACCCGUUGGCGUUGCAUUUGAGAACAAACUGCCUGGAACACGCAGAGUGUCGUAUACGUGGACACGGUUUGAGUGUGUGACACCCUAACCCCUGGUAAAAGAAACUGGCAUGGUGGAGACUUGGCUGUGUGCGUGACAGAGAGCCGGCACAGAGACUGAACGCUAGACACGAGAUGAACAGGAAGGUGCGCCUUUGUAAGCCGCCAAGUACGGUCGGCCGCGGGAUGUUGCGCUGGAACAGCAGCAGUGGCAAGUGUGCGUGAGACGAUGGGGGAGGGAACUAACUUUUAGAGUAGGUCAGUUCGAGGAAAUAUUACUGUACUAGUAUAAAGUAAAAUAUUACUAUAUGAAAUUCAAGUCGCGUUGCCUUCUCAAACUAUAGAGUAAUAUGAGUUUGGUGUUAUUCAUAUAUGUGCGGGUUGGUAGGAGGAAAUUGAUAUUGAGAUUAGAUGCAAGGUUGCAAACGAUGUUACUUGUUGGUCCAGAUAUAUCAACGUGUCUAGAACAAAGCCGAGGGCAACAUCGGAGAGGCGUUAUACCGCGUGAUCGACGUUGAUGGUAUGUAAAUAUGUAAAGUUAAAUUUUCAGAUGGUUUGAUGUGGUCGCUUAUAGUUCAUGCGUUUCGUGUCUGCCUAACAGCUGUAAGAAGAAAGAAGCAGAGAAACGCUUUCGUUACGUUCAGUUGUUGUCGCUUGUUUUGUUUCGCGCGUAUCUGUUACAGACAUGGCCGAAACAUAUUACAGUGUUCAAUUAAAGCUAUCGUUAAUUCGAAGGAAGCACUACAAACUACAGCGAGCAGGGUUAUAAAAUAU